UCAGUGCCGUGCGACAACGACGCGUGGCGGUCGGCGGCGGCUCCGGCCGUCGGCAGCAGGGUGCGGAAGCGAUGAGGACGACGCAGGAGAAGCAGCGCCGACGUGGUCGCGGGUGGGGUUGGCUUGAGCCGCUCGGAUGCCGGCUCCGUGGGCCCAAUCGACGGCGACCGGAUCUAAGCGGCGCCCGCCGUCAGCGGCCGGCGCGCACGCCGCCGAGGCGGGAGAAGAAGGCGAAGCGAGGAGCCGAGCCUGCCUGAGCCCGAGCCUCCACCUGGCGCCCGGGUAGCGCGCCCAAAAAGAAAAGCUUCGGGCAGAUCUGCUCCAGGCAAAUAUAUUAUUAUACACAGCUGCAUGCUUAAUCAGGGAUGCCCAUACAGGAAGCCGGUAAAGAAGCUAGAAGCACAUUUACUCUGUAAUGGAUCUAGAGCACAUUUACUCGUUACUCAAGUAAUGUGGCACUUUGGUCUAAGGUGGGGGCACUAGGAUUUCUAUUAGCCACACGAAGUGUGCAUAACUGCUAGAUCUGCACCUCCCCAGGUACAUAUUGUGGAAGAAUCAAAAUCUAAAGAAUAUAUCCUUUGAUCCUAAUUCCUCACACCUUUGUCCAUGGAUAAAUUAAAAGACCUUAAACUAACAAUUUCUCUGAAAAAAGAGAGAAAAGGUGGCCAGUAAUAUAUAGCAGAAAACAAGUUAUUGAUCAGGCUAUCUUAUUGUGCUGAAUUUGUUGCUCUUGAAACCUGUAAUAUCCAUGGUGUUGAUUCAGUCUCGAGCUAUUUUUAUGGUCUAACUAAUCAACUGUGUUUGUAGUAUUUAAGUAACUCUUUAAGCAACAUGCAUGAAAGACUGGUUUAUACUUGGCAUGCCCGGUAGACACCAUUCUUACUUGACAUUUGCCUGCCUGCACAUUUACAACUGAACAGCUGUAGCCCUAGCUUGAAAUUUAGAUCAUAAUUAUAAAACCAGUGAGGUAUCCAUGCCAAUGAAAAGUUGAUUUGGCGUAUAUACACGAAACAUUUGCCUGAAUUACCUUAAUCAAAUUAUGUUACUGAGACAGCUAUUUGAUUUUUGGAGUAGUUAAUUAUAGCAGCAGUUACAUUUAUGUUUGGAAGAAUCAGUUACCACAUAUUCAGAAGUAAUAUACCAUGGUGUAGACUCAGGAUGUAAAACUGAAAUUCUCCUAUCUUUGGCACCACUUUCCUGUUGCAUUGUGGUCUUUCUUGGUUCUGCCCCGUCCUUUUUUCUCCAUUCACCCCCUUCUUCAAUCUGGAUAGCUCAGUUAGAAAGGCUAGGUCAGAGCAUCUCCGUGCCUCCACAGCCCCACUGGAUUCGCAAUUAUUGAGGCGCCUCCACUAUAAAAAGGCAACCAUCCACAAGAAGUAAGAACACAGCGAGCAAGGAAGCAAGCACACAACAAGGACAAGACAGCAACUGAGAACCCUAGUACUGAACCAAAAGCUUUCACAGGGGCUUACUGCGAAUGAACACCCAGAGGAAGCCUGGAGACUGGAACUGCAACUCGUGCCAGCACCUCAACUUCAGCCGCCGUGACUUCUGUCAGCGCUGCCGUGCCACACGCUCGGAUCUGCAGCUCGGAGACGGCCGCUGUAUAGGUGGUGUGCUGACCUCCCUGGACGUUCGCCCAGGUGACUGGUACUGCAAUUGCGGCUACCACAACUUCGCCAGCCGCUCCAGCUGCCUCAAGUGUGGCACAAUUGUGAGGGACUUCCCAGCAGGCCAGGGUGGCACUGGCGCUGCUGAGAGCGGUGGAGUUCGUGCUGGGUGGAAAACUGGUGACUGGAUAUGCACAAGGCCUGGCUGUAAUGUGCACAACUUUGCAAGCAGAAUUGAGUGCUAUCAUUGCAAUGCACCUAGGGAAGCAGGCACCGGGAAGUGAGGACCAAUCAUGCCGACCGAGAUCGAUAGGCGUGACGAGAUGGCUUAGGACGAGACCAACCAUUGUCACACUCGCAAGCUCCGAUCCAGGAAAAAUAAAACUACACAGUAGUAUAUAUGCUGAUGUAUUGCCACCUGUUAUACUACUACAACCGUCGCAUGGUUGCGAGGGCAGGAGAAGUUCCCUUAGCUUACAGAAUGUAACGCGUGCAUGGUCUCGUCACGCCUCGUUUACGUUGGUUGAGGCGUCGCUCAUAUUGUAUGGUUUGGAUUACUUGAAUAAAUAUUCUUAACCAUCCUUAUAUGUAUUGUGUAACUA